AAUAGUUCUCGAAUGUUCGGGGAAAAUCGCCACUAUUCGUUAAUCUUCGUGUUGCUCCACGACCAAGUUUGGAUAGUCUAUAAAACAGAGGAAGAAUUGCGCUUCGACAGUUGAUGAAAACUGAGUUGGAGCGAGCAGUCUCAAAGUGUUAUCGUGAAGAUUUCAUUUUAUUUUGUGUAAGUGAUUUAUUAACACCGUGUUCAGCUUACUAAAUAAACAAUGGGCAAGGAUUAUUAUAAAAUUCUGGGGAUAACUAAAGGUGCUUCUGACGAUGAAAUCAAGAAGGCCUAUCGUAAAAUGGCCUUGAAAUAUCAUCCGGAUAAAAACAAAUCUCCUGGUGCUGAAGAAAAGUUUAAGGAAAUAGCUGAAGCAUAUGAUGUUCUCAGUGACCCAAACAAAAAGGAGAUAUUUGAUAAAUAUGGAGAAGAUGGAUUGAAAGGAGGAAUGGGUGGUGGCUCCACUGGAGGAAGAAGCGGUAAUUUCACAUAUACUUUUCACGGCGAUCCCCAUGAAACCUUUCGGAUGUUUUUCGGCAACGAAAAUCCAUUUGAAAGUUUCUUCAGCUCAGGUGGUCCAGCUGGAAUGGGUGGCAUGGGAAGAUCACCAUUUUUUCAGUUUCAAAGUGGAGGACUUGGUGUGGAUGAAGAUAUGGACAUUGAUGAUCCGUUUGCCCAGCACCAUCAGUUUGGUGGACAUGGUCGAAGAAAACAUCAAGACCCAGCUGUUAUCAGAGAAUUGCAAGUUUCUCUUGAAGAAGUCUUAUCUGGUACAACCAAAAAACUUAAAAUUACUCGUAAAGUGUUGAAUUCUGAUGGCAGAACUACCCGAAGUGAGGAUAAAAUAUUAACUAUUGACAUUAAGCCAGGAUGGAAAGCUGGUACAAAAAUAACUUUUCCUAAAGAGGGUGAUCAAACGCCACACAAUGUACCAGCAGAUAUUGUUUUUGUGAUUAAAGAUAAACCACAUCUGUUAUUUACCAGAGACGGAAGUGAUAUCCGCUACAAGGCUAACAUUUCUCUCCGUGAUGCAUUGUGUGGUACAACUAUUCAAGUGCCAACACUCACAAACAGAAAAAUUCCACUAGCUUUGAAUGAGGUCAUCAAACCAAAUUCUACAAAGAGAAUACAGGGAGAAGGUCUUCCAGUUCCAAAGACACCAACACAACGAGGUGACCUUAUUGUAGAAUUUAAUGUUAUCUUUCCUAACAGUAUAUCAACAAAUACAAAAGAUAUACUUAAGGACCUUAUUCCUCAAUCUUAGUAUGAACAAUCAGAAAGGACUUGAAACUGUAUUUUUGUACAUACUAUUUAAGAGUGAGUUGUACAUAUUUAAUUUGUGGUUUUGUUUGAAUGUUUUAGGUUAGAACAAUAAGUAUGCAUGCAAAACUGUAUUGUGAACUGAAUAAUAUAUUCUCCUAUAUAUUAAUUACAGAAGUGAUAUAAACAUUUUGGAAGUUAACUGAUUUAAAUUUGACACAUUGUAGGCCUAUUUCUUAUUACAUUUAAAUGACUAAAUAUUUUAAAGUAACUUUCACUGGUCGAGAUAUGGGCCAGACGUCUUUAGUUUUUUUUUCUUUCUAUUUUAGUUAGUAGGCCUAUGUAUUGUAAAAAUUCAGUGCUGAUCAUAUAUCAUUAUAAUUGUUUAGAUUAUGUAAAAUAUGUCCAUUGUCUUUCAUAUUUUGAUUUUUUUUUGUGUACAGUUUUUAACCUCAAAUCUGAUGUUUGUGGUUUUAUUAAACUUUGUACAGUAGCAAGUGUGAACCAAACCUCUUUAUAGGCUAUUAGUAUAUGAUUAAUUUACAAUUUCAUUAAAUUCAAUAGAAAGUAUCUACCUAUAUUAUUUUAAUAAAUUAUCACUUGUGCUAAGGUGCUUGCUUUACUUUUUAACCAAAACUUAUUCCAAAGAAUGUUUAGGCAAUUUAACCACUAUUGAUGCUUCUUCAAUAUUCCCAUAUUAGUUGGAAUUUUUUAAAAAUAAAAAUAACUUAACUUAGCAUAGCCUGCAUAACUUAGUGAGUAAUUGAAGUAAAUUAAAUUAGUUGGUGCUAUUGUAUUUGAAAAUCUUCCAUUGGGAUUUGCCAAAUAAAAUGAUACAGUCAUUGC